GAAGAGACAGCUCUCUCUGCUGUGUCUGCGUGAAAUUUAACACCAUGUGUGAUGGUGAUGCCAGCAGCGCAGUUGUUCGAAUUGAACCCCUUCAUGAGCGCUGGGACUUGGUGGAAGUGUGCUCAGAGCUUUUAAAUGUCCAGUGGAAACGCAGCACGGGAGCUCGAAUUCACUCCCUCCGCCAAUCGAGUCACAACUAUCCUGUGUGUCUCCUCCUACUAAAUGGGAAGAGGGGGAGUCAAGAUGAGAAACUAAUCGGCCACGCCCGUUUGUCCCGCGUACUGGGAAGUCGUAGCCUGUUCGUGGAGUCUGUUGUGGUGUGUAGCACCCUACGGGGGAUGGGAUACGGGCGUGUCCUGAUGGAAGGUGUAGAACGAUAUGCCAGGGGGCGGGGCUGCACCCGAUUGUGCCUAACUACCCACGAUAUGCAACACUUCUACGCUCAUCUGGGGUUUGUGCUGUCUAAACCGGUCCAAAGUGUUGGAACACUGGCAUCCUUCAUGCCUGAGGAGAUGCUACACAAGUUCUGUAGGACAGGAGAGAAUGAGGAGAAAGAAGAGGAGGAGCAAGAGAGGAAGAGUGCUAAAGUGUCCUCGAAGUCAUUAAGCAAUUGUACACCACCACCACCACCUCCUCUUCCUACAAUCUUCUGUCCUCCUCCACCCCCACUUCCUCCUAACUCCACUUCUUCUCCUCCACCACCUCCGUCUCUUCCUCCCAUGUCUUGGACUCCAGUUAACCAGACUCUGGAACAAACGCCAUACACGGACAACAGAGGUCUGCCCAUCUUCUGGAUGCACAAGGACAUUUGAGACUGAUAGACAUACCUUAAAAACAGAAUUAUUCAGGGAUGCACAAACAGUGUUUAAUGGACAAGAAAGAUCCCAUAAACCUGCUCGUCAAGACUCCACUCCACAUACUGUACUGUGACAAUCUUAAUACCAACGUGCCUUAAUAUUAAAGUUUACUUGUAUUUAUUUAGUUUUUAUUUUAAAGUCAUUGAAAAGGAUUUUCAGAGAAUAAAAACUUUCGUUCGAUA